UCGUAAGUGAAACAGCCCCGGGAAACAAAAAAAAAAGCGAAAAGUUUAUUCAAAAUUACUUUAAAUAUUAAAUAUAUAUAUUCUUUGACUAUUUGUUUGGACGAUCUGAGCCGUAGCAAAUAAUGCUUCGGCUUAGAUCGGGAUUGCGCGUGCUGGAGGCAUCGGUGCGCAAUCAUAUGACCAGGACAUAUGGGCUUGCAUCGGCGAUGCCCAUCGUUGAGGCGGUAAAUGAUGAUGUGGAUGUGGUUUACUGCAAGAAAAAUGACGAGGAUGCAUCCAAGAACAAGUCUGAGAUGCCCGCGAAGGUUGCGAAGGCUGCGUCAUCCGAGAAUCUUGACAAGCCCAAUAAAGCCAGCCAGCCCGUGCAGAUGAAGAAGAAUGGCGACAAACAGGGCGGUAAGCCACCUGCCAAGCAGCCCAACAAACCGAAUGGCAAGGAGGUAAGCGCCAAAGAUGUUGACAAAAAGGGCGCAGCGCCAAAGGAAACGACGAAGCCCAAGCCGAAGGAGGAACGCAUGAAAACCUUUGAAAUAUAUCGCUGGAAGCCCGGCGAUGAGCCCAAAAUGCAGAAAUACAAGCUGGACUUGAACAAGUGCGGCGCCAUGGUACUGGAUGCCCUGAUCAAGAUCAAAAGCGAAAUGGACGCAACGCUCACGUUUCGCCGUUCCUGCCGUGAGGGCAUCUGCGGCUCCUGUGCCAUGAACAUCGAUGGCAUCAAUACGCUUGCCUGCAUCCAGGCCAUUGACACGAAUGUGGGCAGGCCGUGCAAGAUCUAUCCGCUGCCGCAUCUGUAUGUGAAGCGCGAUCUGGUGCCGGAUAUGUCGCAGUUCUAUGAUCAGUAUCGUUCCAUCGAGCCCUGGCUGCAGCGCAAGGACUUGAACAGGGAAAUGGGCAAGGCUCAGUAUCUGCAAUCAUUGGAAGAUCGCAAUCGUCUGGACGGGCUGUAUGAAUGCAUAUUGUGCGCCUGCUGCCAAACCGCGUGCCCAUCGUACUGGUGGAAUAGCGAAAAGUACUUGGGUCCGGCUGUGCUGAUGCAAGCAUAUCGCUGGGUUAUCGAUUCUCGCGACGAGGCCACCGAGCAUCGUCUGUGCCAGCUGAUGGAUCCGUGGAAGCUCUAUCGCUGCCACACCAUACUCAACUGCACCAAUACAUGCCCCAAGAACUUGAAUCCGGCCAUGGCCAUUAUGGAGUUGAAACAAUUGCUCGCUGGUAUGAAGAACAAACCAAAACCAAAGCUCCAGACCGAUCAAUUGUUCCAGAAUCAAAUGUAGUGCCUGCAAAAUUUUUAAUAUUGAUAUCUUUCUUAUUAUUUUGACAUUCACUCUUCAAAUAUCUUUUCGCACACGCACAAACGCAAUUGGGGAUGCGUCUUUAAUUGGACAUAUAACGUCUCUGGGACUUGUUGGCGACUAAACACACAUCGUAUGCAACACAAUUCAUACAAUCUACAAAAUAUGACACGCCCAACUGAUCUGUAUACAAAUGAUACUUAAAUCAUUAACAAUCAUCCUCACCAUAUAUGUACAUGUAUAACAACAAAAUGUACAAUAACUAUACAUAUUUGACAAAUAGCUAGAGCUCUUCGCAGAUCGCAAGGGUUCAUUGGCUAAACGUGAUCAAAAAA